AAUCAGUCACAAAAAAAAUGGAGAGUUUUGGCUGCUACUGUCUCGUUUUCAAUUUUUUAUCAAUUGUAGCAUUGUUAAUAUAAGUCAUUUUAUUAAAUCAUUCAUAUUUUAUGUAAUAGACCAAAUUUUAGUAAAUGAUGCAGUAAAAAAACCGGCGUUCUUUUUUAGUAUUACAAAUUGAAAUUUUAGGUGUAAAAUUAUUGCAAUGAUAACAAUGUUUAAUGUUUCGAGUCAAAACGUGUGAUUAACUUGAAAACUCAACAUAUCUUCGUUAAAAUGAGCUAAAACCAACUUAUAUAUUAAGAAAGCGUUUACUUGUAGACGUCAUGCAAAAGAGGGACCGAGAGAAGGAUCAAAACGGCAAAGAUGAUAAGCGGGGAGGAAAAUCGACCGGAUCAAGAGCAAUGCAUUCAGGUGUAGCUGGACGACAUAGCUUGUCAUCUUCAGCUAAUUCCAGUGUACUCAUGGUUGGACCGAAUUUUCGAGUUGGAAAGAAAAUUGGCUGUGGAAAUUUUGGUGAACUUAGACUUGUUAUGUUUGUGAUUAUCACAUAUAAACCUAAAGGAAAAAACUUGUACACAAAUGAACAUGUAGCUAUUAAAAUGGAGCCAAUGAAAUCUAAAGCUCCUCAGUUACAUUUAGAGUAUCGUUUUUAUAAACUUCUUGGAUCUCAUGCUCCUGCUUUUUUCUCAGAUGGUAUACCUGAAGUAUUUUUUUUUGGUCCAUGUGGCAAGUAUAAUGCUCUUGUUAUGGAACUACUAGGUCCUAGUCUUGAAGACUUAUUUGAUAUGUGUGGACGUGAAUUUUCUCUCAAAACUGUUUUAAUGAUUGCUACACAAUUGUUACAUAGGAUAGAAUAUGUUCAUGGUCGUCAUCUUAUAUACAGAGAUGUUAAACCAGAAAAUUUUUUAAUUGGUCGCACUUCAACGAAAAAAGAUAAAACUAUUCAUAUUAUAGAUUUUGGUUUAGCAAAAGAAUAUAUAGAUUUAGAAACAAACAAACAUAUACCAUAUCGAGAACACAAAAGCUUAACUGGUACUGCAAGAUAUAUGAGCAUAAAUACACAUUUAGGAAAAGAACAAAGUCGACGUGAUGAUUUAGAAGCACUUGGGCAUAUGUUUAUGUACUUUUUAAGAGGAUCUUUGCCGUGGCAAGGAUUAAAAGCUGAUACUCUUAAAGAAAGGUAUCAAAAAAUUGGUGAUACUAAGCGAGCUACUCCGAUUGAAGUUCUUUGUGAUGGAUAUCCUGAGGAAAUGGCACAAUAUUUACGUUAUGUAAGGCGCUUAGACUUCUUUGAGACACCUGAUUAUGAGUAUCUGCGUACAUUAUUCAAAAAUUUAUUUGAAAAAAAAGGUUAUGUAAAUGAUUCAGAAUUCGAUUGGACGGGAAAAACUAUGUGUACUUUAGUUGGUUCUAUACAAUCAAGUCAAGAAGUAAUAUUGUCACCAAAUAGAGAACGUCAAAUUGCAAAUAAGUCUGGAAAUAAAGGUUGGCAAGAAAAUUCUAAGUUACCAGGGCACACAUUGGGCAAUUUGACUCCUGCAGAUAGACAUGGAAGUGUUCAGGUGGUUAGCUCUACUAAUGGUGAAUUAGCUAAUGAUGACCCAACUGCUGGUCAUUCCAAUACUCCUAUUACAACUCAAGCUGAGACAGAAAUUGUUGAUGACACUAAGUGUUGUUGUUUUUUUAAACGUAAAAAGAAAAAAACUUCCCGUCCUAAGUGACUAACUAUGAUAAAAUGCAACUCUGAACGUGAGGCUGUUAUACUAUUACGUGCAACUUCGCAUUCAAACUCGCGUGAUAGUGCUUUAAAUACAUCUAUUCCGACCAUUACGUGAAAUUGUUAAAUAAUCAUCCCACUCAUUUAAUAUUUAGUUUUUAAACAUUUAUUUCCUUUUUACUUUGUAAUUAAAAAUAGGCUACAAUAUACUUAUAUUUGUAAAAUAAUAAAAACAAAAAACAAUAACAAAUACUAGACCCUUGGUCAUCUCUGCAUUCCGUCAACUUAUUUUGUUAUUGGGGCUUUAAAGCUACAUUUGUUGACACUAGUCUUGACACUAGGCGGUAAGACAAAAUUAUCAAUUUUUGCUUAUUAAUAUGAUAAUAGUUAUAAUAAUAAUAGUAAUAAUUAUAAUUAUAUAUUUAUAUAAAUAAAAGAAGAAAAUUAUCAUGAAAAAACAGAAUUAUAAUUGUAUGUAUUAUAUGGUUUUCUGGAAAAAACAAAAUUUUAAUUAUUUAUUUCAAAAGUAAUAAUACUUAAGUUACCUAAGUAGUAAUUUUUAUAUUAUUAUGUGUUAUAUAAAUAAUUACCCUAAAUUAUUAGUUCCUGUAAAUAAAUUUAAACAAAUUCUGUUUCAAGUAACAUGUAUUAAUAUUAUGAGGGCAUAUAAUGUUUAAAUUUUUCAGAACCAACAUCUAAUACCUCACUUUUUUCCUACUGUAGCCUUUUAAAGAGCUUAUAUUUAAUUUUCAGCUUAAAAUUUAGAAGACUUUAUUGAAGAUUUUGUUGUGUGUUCAUUCAAUUAUUUUUUUUUUUACUCAAAGUUUAACAUUGCCCUAUUAUUUUAUAUUUAAAAUUUGAUUUUUAUUCAUUGUUUUUCCCUACUUUAAUAAUUUGACAGUAAUUAUUUUUACAGCUAAUUUUUAUUUUUAAUCUUUUAAAAUUAAAUAAAAUCAAGUUAGCUUAUUGGAUUCAGUUAAUAUGUUUUCUGACCUGUUUAUAACAUUUCUAUAAAUAUAUAUAUAUUAUAUAAAUGCAACUGUUGAUAGUUAAUUGAAUUUGCUAGUACAAUAUAAGUAUUCUUUUUAUCAACUAAGCGAUUAUACAUGAACAUAUUAUUACUAAAUUACCCAAUGGUGAAUUUUUAAGAAUUUAUACUAUGAGGAAUUAUUGUUAUUGUUAAAUUAAUUUACAGUCAAUUUUUCUCUGAAAUAUUAUAAAAAAUAAAAUUGAUUGAAGCCUCAGUAAAAAUAUUAGUUAUUUUUUUACUAAAUCAGUUAUAAUGUAGAUAAAUUAUCCAGAAGUUUAAUUACUUAAAAUAUAUGCAAUUGAAAACAAAUAUAUAUUAUUUACAAUAAUCGCUCGUGAUGUACAAAAUACUUAUGUAAUAUAUUAUUAAAAAUACAUUUUUUUUUUCAUAAAAAUAUUGUUAUGUUCGUGAUAUGUACAUUUUUAGCUAAGUUUUAGGCGAAAACAUAAUUUUACUACUACUAUUUAAUUUUAAAACAUUAUAUUUAUUAUAAUUAUUACAAACAUUUUUUUUUUUUGAUUGUUUAGUUUUUAAAUUUAUCAUUUAUGAUUUUUCUAAUUAUAAUAAUAAAAAUUAAAAAUAUGAGGUA